UUUAAUGUGAAAUAUCAUUAACCUUAAGAAUUAUAAACAGUUUAUAUGAACAACAAUUGUAAAAACAACUUUUUUGGAUUUUUUUAAGUGAUUUAAGGAAAAUUAUAACGUGUGAAUUUGUAACUGUCAGAUGUGAAUGGAAUGUAGUGCAGAUUUGUAAAAUUCAUAAAUUUUAAAAAAGCAAAAUGGCUCAAGCGGAAACCAAUCUUACCGAGCAACUAGACAAUGAAGAAGUUAGAGAAAUUUUGAAAACUACUACUGAUUUGCGGCAGUAUUCACGACAAAUUGAAAAGGAAUUUAAGGAAGUGGAAAACAAAUCGAUCGAAGAUUACAUUAAGGAAUCGCAAAAUAUAGCAUCCCUUCAUAAUCAAAUUGGAGAGUGUGAUGAAAUUUUAGAACGUAUGGAGAAUAUGCUAAUGAGUUUUCAAAACGUUUUAAGUAAUAUCAGUACUGAAAUAACGCAUUUACAAAAAAAAUCGGUAUCGAUGUCUGUGCAGUUAACUAACCGUCAAUCUGUUAAAGCCCAAUUAUCUCAGUUCAUAGAGGACAUGGCUGUUUCAGAAGAAAUGAUAACAAUCGUAAUGGAUACACCGGUAACUGAGAAAGAUUUUUGUACCCAACUUAAUGUGUUGAAUCACAAGCUAUCGUUAGUCAAAGAGUUAAGUUUUAAGGAGUCGAAGUCCACCGCUGAUGUGGAGGACGUUUUAUGCAAAUUACGUUUGAAAGCUAUGGCGAAAAUACGUUCAUAUCUGCUAGAACAAAUAUAUAAAUUCCGCAAGCCAAUGACUAAUUAUCAAAUACCGCAAAAUGCUAUGUUAAAGCAUAAAUUCUUCUUUGAAUUUAUUCUUUCCAACGAGCGACAAGUCGCACAAGAGAUAUGCAAUGAAUAUAUUGAUACCAUGAGUAAAAUUUAUUACAGCUAUUUUAAGAGCUAUUCGUCGCGAUUGUCGUCUUUAAAAUUUGAAGAGUCGUGUACAAAAGAUGACUUAAUGGGUAUUGAAGACAAUGUGUCAAAAGGCUUAUUUGCCAAGACGACUAGUCUUAAGCAUAAGAGCACUAUUUUUACCAUUGGCAAACGCGGUGAAAUCUUAAAUCAACAACUUGAAGCUCCUAUAAUAGUGCCGCACGCACAGCUAAAGAAUAGAUAUACCUUUGAAGCCUUGUUCCGAUCUGAGCAAUAUGCUUUAGUGGAUAACGCCUGCCGUGAAUAUUUGUUUGUUACUGAGUUCUUUAUGGUACGCGGUGGACAGGCGCAGGACUUAUUCAAUCAGAUCAUGGGAAAAACUCUAACAUUGAUAAUAAAAACUGUUGAGACCAGCAUCCAAGAUUGUUUCGAUACAAUUGCCAUGUUUUUAUGCAUUCAAUUGAUAUUCAGAUAUCAGCUUAUGUGUCACAAACGCUGCGUGCCAGCUUUAGACAAGUACUGGGACUCCUUGCAAUCCGUAUUCUGGCCACGAUUCGAGCACGUUUUCCGUUUAAAUAUACAAAGUAUUAGAGACUGCGAUCCCACUAAAUUUAGCAAGGAAAUGGGACCACAUUAUAUUACUCGUCGCUAUGCUGAAUUUUCAGCUGCUAUCGUAGGCAUCUCUGAGCAUUUUCCAAAUGAAUUAGUUAGUCGUUUGUUGUUGGAACUACAGAAUGAAGUGGAAUGCUUCAUCUUACGUAUGGCUGCAAUUUUUCCCACACGCAAGGAACAGCUUAUUUAUUUAAUCAAUAACUAUGAUCUUGUUUUGGGUAUUCUUAUGGAGCACACACGAGACAAUUCCAAGGAAGCUGAAGCGUUCCGCGAACAAUUAACUGCUCGUAGUACCGAAUAUGUGGAGGAGAUAUUGGCACCACAUUUCGGCGGUAUUAUACAAUUCAUAAAAGAAUGUGAACCUUACUUUGAAACGGAACAAUUGGACGAAUUACGUAAACAAGAACGCAGAAGUUUGGCUUUAGUUGCAAAUUUUUCCGCAAAUUGGAAAAAGUCUUUAGAAGAAUUAAAUCGUGAAGUACUGCUGUCUUUUCCAUCUUUGGUAACUAGUUCCAGACUACUUCAGUUGGCAUUAGCCAGCCUCGUGCAAUAUUAUCAAAGAUUUCAUAAGUUAUUAACCCCUAAUGCAAAAGCUCAAUUAACUAACAUACAUGUAGUAAUGGUAGAAAUGAAAAAAUAUAAAAGCAGUUAUUAGAAAAUUGA